AAACGUGACAGGCGACAUACAUAUCAAGCAGUGUCUGUAAUCGCUCUUGCAUUAUUGUCCUCGUCUCAAUCCCCCGUUCUUUCCCAGGCGUGUAAAGAUCACCCUAAAACCCAGUCCAAGAUGUGAUUAAGGAAAUUCCCCCCGCAAGUCUUCACCAUGCUUUUCCCACGGACCCUUUACCAGCUCUUUUUCUGGUGGCUUCUCUCUUUGCACGUCCCAGUCCUAACCGGGGAACAUGCCCAGGAGAAACCGGCUGACGGAACUCUCGGAUGGGGUUCGGUUCCUGAGGAAAACAUGCUUCCACGCUCCUCCGGUUGGGGAGAUGAUCAGCAGGGGGAAUAUAGGCCAACAGAAAGUAGCGGAGAACUCACUCAACCCAUAGCUUCUUCUCCUGGAAGACUUUCUCUGACUGCGAAUGAAUCCGUGCUGUAUCCCACAAAGCCUGGAGGACAACAGAGCUGGGACCAACCACCUGACAGGCAGGUUCAUUCCGGUCCAGCUUCGCCAAAUGGUCCAACUGAGGGUUUUACAGCCAACACUAGAUCUGACAAGAGCACCGGAACCACCAGGAGGAGACCGACUGUCACAACAAAGGACGGUAUAGAGGAUGUAGUUCCGAUCAGGGGAUCUAACGUGGAGACAGAAAGGGAUGCCUCAACAGAUGCUGAUGAUGACAAGAAAGUCCCAAAGGCUAAUGACCCUCCCCAGACAGACGACAACAGCAACAACACAUCAGUCAAACCCUGGGGAACAACCUCCCCAACAUGGACCCCCAUCUACCUUGAUGGUUUCACACCCAGUGACUCGAUGGGUCCCGCUCUGGCUCACAGCGCUGCCCUUUUUGUGCCUCUGUACUCAGAUUGGAACUCAGCCUUGGCCGCAUGGGGAUUUGCUUGGGAAGCCCACAUCUAUGGUCUUGGGUCGGUCUUUGCGGUAUUCGGCCUGAUCUCUGUGGUCUGCUUGUUAGGACUGCCUUGCCGGUGUCCUUCUGGAAUCCCGUACUUCACCCUCCUGCACUUGUUCCUCCUAGGAUUCGCAGGAAUUCAGGCUUUCUGUUUGAUUUAUGAUGCCUACGGUCACCAAGAUCAUCUUCCACCUCUAAGCUCUCUUCUGCUCUCUCAACUUCCCUUCCCUUGUUUGACAUCCGCGUUCUCUCUGGCCUUCUUUAUUCUUUCCCUGCGUUCACGCAAGCGUCUUUCCCUUUCACUCGCCAUCUCCCCCUCACUCUCUGCCCUACCCAAACCUUGCUUGUUACUGUCUUUAACCUUGAUGCACUUUGGGGUUUCUCUGGGCUGUGUUGGCCUUCUUCAGCUCUACCCUAGCCUCCCCACUAUCAUUCUUCUGUUCCCUCUCGGUGUGUUUGUGUGCCUCACACUCUUCCUCUCGUGCUCUUACGUGAUCUUUUACUGUCUAAUACAAGUUGACACAAAACACGUCUAUAGACUGAAUGACAAUGGGGAGUGUGGAGUAUCUCCUGAGAUGAUUCAACCCACAAGUUGCCCCUUUGCCAAAGUGGAUGAUUGGGGUAGGGCGGCAGGAGCUGGAGUCGGAGCCGCCUUGUGUUUGUUAGGUUGUGGAGGUCUACAACUUUAUGGAUUUUUACACGCCCUGGGUCUGGGCGGGGUGGAAAGCUACGGUUUCCGACCCUGGCCUUGGUGGGGCUAUCAGGUGGGAUGUCGGCUAUGUGAGGCUGGAGUGUGCCUCGGUUUGUCUCUCAUUGGCACGCAUCCUUUGUUUUGUCACACCAAGUCCUUCAAGAACCACCCCAGACCAGGAUCUUGGUCCCGACUGUCCGGCGGCUCCCCCUCUCGAGGUACCACCCUGCCCUCACCAGGUAGUGCACAUUCUCCUGUGCUUUCCUUGUCACAAGACCAACCAGAAAAUAUGGUAGUGUAUGAUGUCACCACAAGGGGACAGUCAGAAGUUCUUCCUUUAACCUCCAUGGUGGAUCCUCGAAGAAAUGGAUUUGGUUGUGUCUCAAAGCCUCACCAAAACCAAGCUGCUUUUCCACACAAACACACAAGUCCACUUCACAAGCCUAAAAAUGCACUGGAAUUCCAGCUAUCUUCCCAGAUAAGUCUUGGUCUCGGAGCUGACUCUACCGGGGACCUACAGCCUCCAUCUCCUAUAGAUUUAUCUCGCAGCAUUGACCAGGCUUUGUUCAGUGACUCCCUAUUCACUCACAGUAUUUUCGGUUUGCAAAGACUCUUUUCUAGUUCCUCCAGCCAUUCACUGGAAUCUCCCAAGCAAGGUACAACAAAACAAGGCUCUGCCUCAUUGGAAGGUUCUCUUUACAGAACCUCUUCCUGUGGAUAUUUGGUUCAAGAUAAAACUCAACCUACCCAGCCUCAAGUUUUACUUAAGUCCCUCAACAACAAACCACCAACAUCACAAGAGCAGUUUGACUGGAAAGGGAGUGUCUCUGGAUCAACUUUGGGUCUGUGCAGUAAACCCAAAGAGACAGUAAAGCCGCGAUCCAAUUCCUGGGCCAACAGAGGGCAGCACAUGGCGCAGAACAGCCUUCCACGCGCCAUCCCUCACUUGUCUUAUCACAGACGUUACCGAACUUUGAGCGUCGCUUCCAAAGACAGCGUGGGAUGCGCACGACUGGCAGGGACUAAAAGACUGAGUGAGAGCAAACAGCUGGAAUGGGAUAUGGCUGCCCAAGCAGAGUUUGUCAAUGUGUGCAGGCAAAUUGAUGCUUUUAGUGUUUGCAGUGACACCAUUGAUUUGUAACUAUACUGUAGCAUCGUCAUUGUAAAUUGCACACAGAACAGAUUGAGAGAGAUUAGAUGAUUUAUUUAACACAGAAAAUAAUAACUUGCAUACAUGUGGAGAAUUUUUGCAAUAAGUAAUGGAUUUGUAAUGUAAUGUUAAUAUAAUAAAUAUGAGAUUUACAGCGUCACUGUAAUUAUGCUACUAAUUAUUGUGGGGAAGUACAAAGCUUGUUAAGUCCAAUGGGUGUUGCCGGUAAAACCUUCUUUUCAAAGUUGCCGUUUUGUAAAUGGUAUAUGGGUUAUACUUGUAUAGCGCUUUUCUACCUUCAAGGUACUAUUUCCACAUUCACCCAUUCAUACACACAUUCACACACUGAUGGUGGGAGCUGCCAUACAAGGCCCUAACCAUGACCCAUCAGGAGCAAGGGUGAAGUGUCUUGCUCAAGGACAUAACGGACGUGGCGAGGUUGGUAGAAGGCGGGGAUUGAACCAGGAACCCUCAGGUUGCUCUCCCAACAACGCCAUGCCGUCCCCAUUUUGUCUAAAAAGCACCACUUAAAUGAAGGGAUAAGGUCGGCCCUGCAUUUUUCUGCCUUUGGAGCCAUAAUAGUGUGUUUAAGGUGUGUAUAAGAUUAAGAUAUCAUGCUGAAAUUGAACGCCUCCUCCCCCAUUGUGUUAAAAGCAAUUGCCAAUUACCGUAUUUUUCAGACUAUAAUGCGCACUUGAAAUCCUUUCAUUUUCUCAAAACUCGACGGUGCACCUAAUGUACGGAAUCAUUUUGGUUGUGCUUACCGACCUUGAAGCUAUUUUAUUUGGUACAUGUUGAAAUGAUAAGUG